AGCUCUAUCGAACCCAAGUGCUCUGAGUAAAAGCACCCUCUUUAUAUCAUUGUUUUAAUCUUAAUAAAAAAUAAAAUCAAACAAAAAAUAGUUUUUCUCUUUUAAUAAAAUAAAUAGGCAUUAAAAUACUUAAACAUGUGGCAGUGAUAUUUAAAAUAAUAAAUAUAUUCAUUUAUCAUUUCAAAAAAUGAAAUACAAAUUUAUAUUAUAAAUCAAAACUUCCAUAAAUAUAAAUAUAUAUAAAUAUAUAUUUAUUUACCAACUAAAUUUCGUUUAAAGAACAAUAUUUUUAUAUAUUAGGUAAAAAAAAAGCUGUUUAUAUUAAAAUCGUUGAUUCUUCGUCCGUCCUAUAUGUAAACGCAAAUGUACAUUGUUUGUUAAAAAAAAAAUCGAUGCCGUGUUAUUAUGUGUAUUAAAAGUCGAUUAGAAGUAAGGUAAAAGUGUUUUUUCGGGGUAGAAACAGCCCGACGAGCGAGGGGGCUCCGGGGUCUGAGCAACAGGAAAAAGCAGACUCGAUGCCGGAGGCUUCGGGGUCGGGUGUAGCCGACGAGGCGGAUUAUUCGACUUUUGAGAAUAAAAGCGGUCUCGCCGAUGACAUGAAGUUCCUGGCAAGUAUGCCUGAACUUUGUGAUGUAACAUUUCUCGUCGGUGACACUCGAGAGCCAGUUUGCGCUGUUAAAGCAGUCUUGGCUGCAAGAAGCAGAGUCUUUCACAAAAUGCUGUAUCAAGCGCCAAGUCCACAACGGAAAAAAGAUCCACCAGCGCGUGAAAAUAAACUUAGACUCUUUUUGAAAAGAAGCUCGGAACCAUUAUUAAAUUUGCAAAAUGCCGCACAACAGCGAUCAGGCUUCACGCAGCAGCUGGCCCCCAUUCAAGAGCCUCAAACAUUUCAGCAUCAAACUUUGAUUAUUGAAGAAUUUGAGCCGGAUGUAUUUCGUCAACUUAUUGAAUAUAUUCACACUGGUUGCGUUACACUUCAGCCAAGAACUUUGCUUGGUGUAAUGAAUGCUGCUGAUUAUUAUGGACUCGAUGAACUUAGACGAGCUUGUGCAGGUUUUGUACAAUGUUGCAUUACUGUAGAUACUGUUUGUGCACUUUUGGCAUCAGCCGAACGAUAUAUUCAAUACAAGUGUACAAAAUCACUUGUACAAAAGGUCUUGGAAUUCGUUGAUGAACAUGGCAAUGAUGUUUUGAAUUUAGGAUCAUUUACAUUAUUACCUCAACAUGUAGUACGAUUAAUUUUGGCCCGAGAAGAUUUGAGAGCCGACGAAUUCACAAAAUUUCAGGCAGCGUUAAUGUGGAGCAAGAAAUAUUGCGAUAGUAAUCAGAACACACCUCUCAAGGACGUUAUUGGAAACUUUCUUGAUUAUAUCCAGUUCCACAAGAUUCCAGCCAAUGUUUUAAUGAGAGAAGUUCAUCCUCUAUCACUAGUGCCCUACAGUAUUAUCAUGAAUGCACUGGCGUAUCAGGCAGACCCAACCAGUGUCGACCCUGGAAAACUCUCUCCCCACAGAGUGAGACGACAAGGACGAAGUAUGUCGGUACAAUCGUCCUUGGAUCCGUAUGGUAGCAAUACGACAUUGAGCUCGAGCGGAAGUGAUGCCGGUUCUGAUCAAAAGCAACAUUCUGGCAGUAACUAACCGAAGGCCACGACCGCUAACGGUGCGGUCGUAAUUGCUGAUGAAUCUCAAUAUCAUACCUCACAAAAAUUAGAAACACAUCAAGAAUCACCGCCACCAUCAUCAUAUAAUUGUGAUUUGCCUAAAAUUUCAAAACAAGAAAAAAUUGAGGUACUAGUUGUAGACAUUGAGUCAAUAAAAGAAGAGAAAUCAGCAUCAUCAAUAAAGGAGGAAUAUGAAAUGAAAAAGGAAAAUAAUGAGGAGACGAAAAUUGAAAAGGAAAUGAUAGAAAAGGAAAUCGAGAAUGAAGAAACAAUAAUUCAGGAAGUUAAUAACGAUAAUGAGAUAUCGCAAACGGAAGACGUUGAUAAUGCGAGUGGAUUUUAUAUUCGUUUUGUUUUAAGAAGAGAAGGUCGUCGGGAUUUAGUUUGGUUGUAUAAAACGCACAGAUUCUAAGUUCGAUCAAUUUUUUUAAUUAUUUACAAAAUAAUUAUUAUUUUUUUUUUUUUCAUUAUCUAUUGAUAAAUUUAUCAAUGAUUGUCGUCGUGAUGAUAUCAGAUUAUUUAUAUAUUAUUAACAGAGAAACUGAUUUUAAUUACAAAAUAGUAUUUAUAAAAAUAAUUUUAAAAAACUUUUUUUUUUCAUUUUGUAUAAAUUUUUGAAUAUAAGACAUAUUUGAAUGUUUUUGAAUGUCAAGAAUCAAGGGAAAAAAAAAUUUAGAGUGAUGUUAUUGUUGUUGAAAGUUUUAAAAUUAACCACACACAUAACAUAUCCAUCGAAAUGAAUGAUAUCAGAUUCAUAAAAUAUAUUUGAUACUAUGCCAGAGCCGGCAAAAAAAAAAAAAAAAUACUGCUUUUUCAAGAGAAAAAAAAAAGAGGUUCAUUAUCUGCCGGUUAAUAUCGAUCGAAUGACUGAUGCUUUUUUUUUUUUUUUAAUUUUUCCUCACUAAUAGAGUAUAAAUAUAUAGAUAGUUUCAUUUUAAAAAAAAUCCAUUAAUCAAGCGAUUCCAUUUAUUAUUGAACACUUCCAUUUAUAUUAUUGAAUAUAAAUUUUCUUCCAUUUAUCUAAAAAUUGAAAAUAUAUUUUUUGUUUUCUUAUAAUGCAUAAAAAUACAUUUUUUCUUUUCUAUAGAGAUUUUCAUUACAUUAACUAUUUGAUAGAUAUAUAUCAUAAAUUAUAGUAUAUCAAUAUAAUUAUUAUAUUAGCUGGAUCGUGGGACGCAGAUAAUUAGCCCCUAAUAUAUUAUAUAAAUUAUAAGGGAAUAAUAGGCAAUCAAUAAAAAUAUAUAGUAGUAAUUAUAUAAAAUAGUUGAUAAAAAAAAAGACCGUUUGUGACAUAAUUAUUGUGAAAAAUUUAAACGCAAAGUAAAAGAUUUUUGGUAUAUAGAAAAUGGAUUUAUUUUCCAAAAAAAAAAUCAAUUGAAAAAUCAAUUCUUUUUGGAGUUAAAAAAAUUUUUUUUUUUAUAUUGAAUGUAAAGAAAGCUAUAAAUGUACGUCGACUUUGCACACUGUUCCUUAUAAUAAAGAAAAUAAUUAUAAUGCCUUUUUGAGAGAAAUAAAAAAUAUGUUGUUACACCGAUUAGAAAAUUAACAGAAAAAUAUAGAAUCGUUGAAAAUUUAUCAGGAAAGAAAAGUUUUAUCAAAUGUUUACUUUCUUUGAUGAAAAAUAGAGCUGAAAAAAAAUUGAAAAUCGUAAAUUUUAUAAUAAAUUCAGAAGAGGAAAAUAAAAAAAAAAAUUUAUUUCAUUGUCAAAAUAAUUUUAAUACAUGUACGAAUGCAUAUUAUAUAAAUGUUGAGAAUGAAAGUUAUAAAAUUAUAAUGCAUAUAUAUGAAUAAUGAAAUAAUUAUCGUCUACGUGUAAAACUGUUUGUUUGCGUGCGCAUCGAUAUUUUCAUUAUUUUAUACAUAUUGCAUGCGUAUAAAAAAAAAAAAAAAAAAAAAAAAUCAUGUUACAAAAAGAUCUUAAUGUAAAUUGUCAAAUUGUCGGAAAAUUAAAUUGGAAAUGGAUCGAUUUACACUAUAACGAUAUAAGCCGUUUUUUUUUUUUGUCAAAUAAAUAUAAAAAUUUCUCAAAA